UGACGUCACGGGAGAGACCGGGAGGAAGAGGCGAAGGGGGAGAGGAUGAGAGGGGGAAGGAGAAGGGACGGAGGAGAGAGCUGGGGGGAUGACUGCAUCAAAGGAAAACAAGAGAAAAAAAACCCAAAACCCAGUCAUGACUCCUGUAAUGCAUACUACGUUUUUUAUACAUCAUAAUGCUCGCUCUGUUUACCUACACAGUAUGCCGCAAUAAAUGACGAGUCGCCCCGAGAAGUGUACGCUGGCUUGACAGAGAUGUCAUCUCCAGGCAUGGGCACCCCCAGUGACCCCCUCUUGGCCAGUCCAGGAGGGAGGUUAUCCACAGCUCAGGAAGGUAUCUGGAGGAGCUCACUCCCCAAAACUGCCAGCUUCCCAACGUCCACCACUCGGCACCUCAGUCACCGAGCCAACAACUUCCAAAGACAGCCAAAGCGCAGGAAGCUGAUACGACCUUCACCGCCUCCGCCGCCCAACACGCCCUGUCCUCUGGACCAGCUGGACCUCAGUGAGCUUCCCCCGAGACGUACCUUCCAAGAGCUGCUCUUCAACGGCUGCAUCCUGUUCGGUAUUGAAUUUAGCUACGCCAUGGAAACUGCUUAUGUCACCCCUGUGCUCCUACAGAUGGGCCUACCUGAUCAGUUCUACAGCUUGGUGUGGUUUAUUAGCCCCAUUCUCGGAUUCCUCGUACAGCCUCUCAUAGGAGCAUGGAGUGAUCGUUGCACAUCCCGGUUUGGGCGAAGGAGACCGUUUAUUUUUGCUUUGGCUAUAGGGGCCUUGGUUGGCUUAACCCUGGUGCUGAAUGGACGGGACAUUGGAGGUGCCCUGGCUGACACAGCAGCGAAUCACAAGUGGGGAAUCGUCCUGACAGUGUGUGGUGUUGUUCUGAUGGACUUCAGCGCUGAUUCAGCCGACAACCCGAGCCAUGCGUACAUGAUGGACGUGUGCAGCCCAGAGGACCAGGACCGGGGACUGAACAUCCACGCGUUACUAGCAGGACUGGGAGGUGGAUUUGGUUACAUUGUCGGUGGCAUCAACUGGGACCAGACACAGUUUGGAAGGUCGAUGGGAGGCCAGCUGCGGGUCAUAUAUGUGUUUACGAGCAUCACUUUGGUGAUAUCCACAGCCAUGACUCUAAUGAGUAUCCCUGAACGGCCCUUACCAAAGAGCCAGCCAAACAAAAACUCCAGCAAAAACCAUCUGAAAAGCCCCAGCCUCCCCCUCCCUCCCUCUCCUCCCGUCCCCCCUGGAGUGGCUCUGGGACUGGAUGAGGAAGACGAGGAAGGUCUUUACAGUUACAAUUUUUCAAAGCCAUGCAAUCCAGACCCCUUGGCCCAUUCUUGCAGCGCCAGUGCACGUCUUUGCGCUGGUCUCACUAGCCCCAUAUCACCCCUAAGCCCCCUCACUCCAAAAUAUGGCAGCUUUAUAAGUAGGGACAGCUCGCUCACUGGCAUUAAUGACUUUGCCUCCUCAUUAGGAACCUCCUACAUAGACAGUGUGCUCAUAGACUGCUACACAGGUCAGCAGACUCCACAGGCCCUGGCCCCCAGCUCCAGCACUGUGCCCCUGCCACCGGGGGACUCCCCACCUCCUGAGGAGUCCACACAGGGCCCGGGCAACAGUCCUGCAGUGCAGACCCAGGCUGAUGUGGAGCCUCACCCAUCUGGGGAGGCUCAGAACGCAGAAGAGACUCAGCCUGAGGGAGAUGCACAAUCUCAUGGGGCAUCUCAGGUCACAGCUGGGGCUCAGCCUGGUGCAGGGUCACACCGGGGCUCCACAGCAGGCAUCCUGAAGCGACCUCAGAGUCUUGCGCUGAUGGAGGAGCCAAUGGCAACCCAGAUUGUUGGUCUGGAGAAUGGACGCAGAAGAACUGUGACUUUCAGCCAGCAGGUUGCAAACAUUUUGCUGAAUGGAGUGCGCUAUGAAAGUGAUCUAAGUGAGAAUGUGGAGACAGGAGAAUCGCAAAUGUCAAUGAAGUUGCUGUGUAUAGCCAUCUACAGGAUGCCUCCCUCUCUGAGAAGUUUAUGCACUAAUCAUUUUUUGGGCUGGCUGUCCUUUGAAGGGAUGCUGCUCUUCUACACCGACUUCAUGGGGGAGGUUGUGUUUGAAGGAGACCCCAAAGCACCCCACGACUCCGAGGCUUACCAGCGCUAUAAUGCUGGCGUUAGCAUGGGCUGCUGGGGCAUGUGCAUCUAUGCAUUCAGUGCUGCUUUCUACUCAGCCAUAUUAGAGAAACUGGAGGAGCGUUUCUCUCUUCGCACUCUAUAUUUUUUUGCCUACCUGGCAUUUGGUUUGGGCACAGGCCUCGCAACACUGUCCACCAACCUCUACGUGGUACUUUCUCUCUGUGUCACCUACGGGGUGCUCUUCUCCUCUCUAUGUACGCUGCCUUACUCUCUGCUGUGUGAAUACUACCAGAGCCCUCAGUUCUGUGGCUCAUCAGAGGAAGGGACCAGACGAGGGAUGGGGGUGGACAUCUCUCUGCUCAGCUGCCAGUAUUUCCUGGCUCAGAUCCUGGUGUCUGUGGCGAUGGGUCCUCUGACCUCACUGGUGGGUGGGGCCCAGGGAGUGAUGUACUUUGCAAGCCUGAUGUCAUUCGUGGGCUGCCUAUACUCCUCUCUCUGCGUGGUGUACCAGCUGCCCCCCCCUGAGGGUGAGCCCCCCGAAAGCGAGACCCAGCCACUAUUGGUGCACAUUUAGAAAAGCCUCGUAAUUUACUUUUACCUCUCACGCACACACUCACUCACUCAUGGGCACGCGCUCUCACACCGUCGCUCGGUGUCUGAGUGUGUUGACCUUCACAGCACUGAUAGUGACGAACACACCGCACAUCCUGCCGCACACUGUACAGCACAAUUUCAUAUAUUGUUUUACACUAAUCAGCACUGCUCGCCUCAGAGCUAGACAGACAGACAGACAGACAUUUGGCCACAGCUCUAAUACGUGUAUACAUGACCAGUGUGUUCAUACAGUGUGUGUGCCCAUGCAUUUUUUCCUAACUUUUGCAAGCGAAUGUGUGACCUUUUUCCGAACGCAUGUGUGUGUGUGUGUGAUUGCGAGAGGUUGCGAGUGACUUCUCUGAGUAUACUUUAGCUCUUCUUGUGUCUGAUUCUUUGCUGUUAAAACUCUUGCAUCAUAUUUUUAUUGCUUGUUUGUUGGUGUUUAGGAUAGAAAUGUUGAUCACUACAUGCAGGCUAACCACAGCUUUCCCCCCUCUUUUUCUUCCUUUUAUCAGUUGCCUAACGUCUGCAUGAGCUGCAAUAUAAUCUCUCAAAGCCUUGUGUUAAUGUUUUGUUUUUUGGUCAUAUGGCCGAGGGAAUGUCUACCUGCCUGUUUCUCUGAGUUAGCGUACUAGCGUCGCACCCUACGCAGGAGUUUCUGACUAAACGAAUGUGCUGCCAGUGACUGUUCACACUCACUGUCAAUUCCUUCUUCAUUAAUUCAAGAGCCCUUUUAGCAUAACUUAGCAAACACAUACUUAAUAUUCACAUGAAGCUGCACAACGCUUAAUCACGGUCUUGAAGGGCUUCACAUUGUUCACAUUUUAGCGGAAAAAUACAAACAACACUUUCCUCACAAUCCAGUCAUUAUAACCAGUGUGCUAUCCCCAUAUUUCACAGUUUGGUGCUGGGCGACUCUUAAUCAGGUCCCAAGUGUGAGUACAAUGUCAACUAAGUACUUAAUCAUCGUAGAGCCAUGACUGACAGGAUGACACAUAUAUACGCACACAUUUACACAAACUUUCACAGAGAAAUGUGUACUGGUGGCAAAUUGUGUCUGGGCCCUCACCAAGCCAUGGACAGCCCUGUGAGCUGUCACCCUGCUCCCUGGCCAUGCCAAUGUAAUAAUGACAGUGAUUCUUGUCAUUAUCAGGAAGAGGAGAAGUUGAAACUGGGGUGUGAAACAGCAUUCAGUCGGAAACCGAACAAAACAGAAGAACAGCAAUCAGAGAGAGAGAAGACUCAUGUGAACUAUGGGUAUCCCUGAAGGUGGACACCAUUAAAAAAACAAAGACUGUGGGGGUUUCACAGAGCCAGCAGCAAGUGCUUAUUGUCAUCAUUAGGGCGCAUGCUUAAAGUAGUAGGCUUCUGCUCCUCCACGCUCGGCCCAUCAACUCAGUGUAGUGAUGACCUUAAGUUUAUUAGCCAAGUUCCCCAUUGGAGGUUUUGAACUUCAUGCCCUUUUCAUCUGAAAGACGCCAUCCUCCAUCAGCAAAAUGGUACAUAUAAUUUAUUUUUUACAUCUGCUGUGCCAAGGCGAACAGGACGCUCUGUCUGUUCAGCCUCAACACAGGCACCAAGCCCAAGAUUCCAAGGCUUUAACAAGAGGUAACUUUUGGUAACUAAAGCCUUUCAUUGUGAUGGUUUCAUCAACUGGACACCCCAACAUUCUGGUGCUUCAGCCGAAUGUCAAUAAUUGCCUAUUUCAGACUGACUGGAUGCACGCCAUGCUAACGUUUCUGAGGAAACAGUAACUGUACGGAUCAUGCUGUUGCAGCUUGCUUGAGAAAGAAAUAAAACACAGUUUUUGUGUUAUAUGGUACCACCUAUUGCUCAAUAUUAGCAGUGUUGCUGUAAAAGCUACUUUUAUUCAGGGUUCAGUUAAAACUAAAACGAUCAUUUUGCCA